AAGGAUGCGGAGAUAUAUUCUUCGCAGGAAUACACUAUUUGGGAUGAAAGUGACGGGGCUACGAUCGAAAGUUUAUCAGAGUAUGGUACUACAAAAUGGAAAGAUCUCGCAACUUCUUAUGUCAACAAGACUUUGAAACAU